AUGUUUGAUUGUCAUCGACAAAGACCUAUAAAAAAACCCAUGGCAACUUUAAAAGCGAAAUUUAAUCUCCAUACGCCUACAAACCGCAUCACUAUGGAGCGUCUUACAUUAUUUCAUCUACGACGGGCCGACAGAACUAACGGACCUGAAACUAGAACUAUUAUAGAUCAAAUGGAAACAGAAAGCCUUGUUAGUAAAGCGUACUACGAGAAACUUUGUCAAUGGAAAGAUGAUGCACUUCGGUUGUUCAAAAUAAACCACAUAAAUUAUCUCAACAAGCGACUUUUCAAUCUGCCUAUGAGUUUUGAACAUUUAGAUGCAAGCCAACCGUGGUUGGCGUAUUGGAUUGUACAUGCUUUAAGACUGCUGAACUUUGUAAUCCCUGAAGAGACCUCGGUAAAAUUGAUAUCGUUUUUAGCAUCCUCUCAGCAUCCGGAUGGUGGUUUUGGUGGCGGGCCUUACCAAUUUGCACAUCUUGCAACUUCAUAUGGUGCAGUUAAUUGUUUGGCUUCUUUAUGUCGUCGAGAUGCCCUAGAUAUUAUCAAUCGGGAUACACUGGCUGACUGGAUGCGGAAACUUCAUCAGCCAGACGGCUCAUUUUUAAUGCAUUUGGGAGGUGAAGCUGAUGUUCGAGGUGCCUACUGUGCCACAGCAGUUGCAAAACUUACUGGGUUGCUUAAAAAAUAUCCUGAUUUGUUUGAAUCGACUGCAGAGUGGGUGGCUAGUUGUCAGACGUAUGAAGGUGGUUUCGGCGGUCAACCUGGAUUGGAGGCUCAUGGUGGUUAUGCCUUCUGUGCGGUAGCAACGCUGUGCCUUUUGGGAAGGUCAGAUUUAAUUAAUUUACCUAGACUAUUGUAUUGGGUCAGCCAUCGUCAAAUGGCGACAGAAGGUGGUUUUCAGGGUAGAACAAAUAAGUUAGUGGACAGUUGCUACUCUUUUUGGCAAGGUGCUAUUUUCCCAAUUGUCGAAGAACUGUUAUGGCUGUCUGGCGACCCUGCGCUUAAUGACAUUGAUACGUUGUUUAACCCUUCUGCCUUGCAAGAAUAUAUACUGCUCUGCUGCCAAAAGGUUUCUUACACUCGUCCAGGUCUGAGUGUGCAUGCAGAUGAUUCUUCUGGUGAAAAAUUGUCGUCUUCAAAUAAAAAUUUCACGUCUGAAUACGAUGUAUCUACUUCUGAUGGUGGAUUAAUUGAUAAACCUGGAAAAAACCCUGAUGCGUAUCACACGUGUUACUCUUUAAGCGGAUUGAGCGUAGCACAACAUUCUCCUCGUUGCCGUGUUGAAUCACACCAAAAAUAUGAUCUUCCUCAUCCAUCACCUGCUGUCGAUGUAUUAGGUGAAGAAUUAGGUAAUGAACUGGUCGACUUAGACCCUAUCCAUAAUAUCAUGCAUGAUGGUUUAGCAUUUACUGUCACGUACUUUUCUGAGCUGGAUAAUGGUCAUUCACCAAAAGAUGCAGAGGAAUUAGCGUUGGCGGCAGCAGAAAAGUACUCUGUACCCGCAUUAUCAGUAUUCCAAAGACAGGAAAGUCCUACGGAGUUCCAUACUUAUGAUACCAGUGAUAAUGAAAUCACUGUUCCUCAGCAUUCUCAAUCAAUGAACACUUGUACAACGCCGUAG